AUGAGACUCACCAGCGGCCUCGUCAGCCUAGCCAUGACCCUCGGUCUAGCCAGCGCCAGCAUCCCCUCCGGCGCGGCGCUCUGCGUCGGCCAAGGCUCCGGCAGCUGCCAAUUCGCCGCCUACCAGCUGCAACCCACCGACACCUGCGAAGACCUGCAGUACAACGCCGCCUACAUCUACGACCACGCCUGCAACAUCAUCGGUCAUGUGGAGAACUUCGUCGAUGGACAGGCCAUCGACUCCCAGCUGCCUUAUACCGUUGAUAUCUUGAAGACCACCGGUGGACCUUCUUGCUCCAUCAAGUACAAGAUCGCCUACAGCGACGGCACCUACGGCUACGGAGACCCCGCCGGUGGCGUCUGGGGUAAAUGCACCGAGUCGGGUUAUGCCUGUAACUGGUACCGGGUGGCGUUUCCUUGCCCUGGGUUUUAA